AUGGGUAAUUGCUCACAGAAGCAGUCGAGCUCGUCGCGCGGCAGCUUCUUCUCAAAUCAUUUCCGAAAAGCGCAUUUGGAUCCGCAUGCGCUGGCUCAAACGUGUCCGCCACCGGUGGGCGGUGAGAUGCCGCUCGGCGAAUGCGCGGUCCUGCGUGAUCGACCUGCGAUGCGAUUCGACAGUCGUCUCGUAUGCAAAUACGAGGUUCUCGCCGUCGUCGGAAAAGGCAGUUUCUCGCAGGUUCUUCGGGUGCAGCAUCGCGUCUCUCGCAAAUUCUUCGCCGUCAAAGUGGUGAGCUCGGAUUGCGGAGCCGUGAACAACGAGCUCAACAUUCUCAGCCGAUUGUCGCAUCCAUAUGUGAUACGACUCGAAGAGGUAUUCAAAUCGUCUACAAAAUUAUUCAUUGUAAUGCAAAUGGCGUGUGGCGGCGAAAUGUACGAUCGGGUGGUGGCCAAGGGCAGAUAUACGGAGGAAGAAGCUCGACAAGCUCUCAAAAUGUUGCUCAACGGACUCACAUAUUUGCACUCAAUCAGAAUUACGCAUCGAGAUCUGAAACCGGAGAAUCUGCUAUACGCCGACACUCGGCCCGAUUCGCGCCUUCUGAUCACCGACUUCGGACUAGCUUAUCAGGCGACGAAGCCGAAUGAGACAAUGACGGAAACGUGCGGAACUCCCGAAUAUAUCGCGCCGGAGCUAUUGCUUCGAGUGCCGUACACCCAGAAGGUCGACAUGUGGGCCGUCGGCGUCAUCGCCUACAUUCUCAUGUCCGGCAUCAUGCCGUUCGACGACGACUGCAGAAGUCGAUUGUACACACACAUCAUCACCGCCAAUUAUGUUUACUAUCCGCAGUUUUGGUCGGGUUCCGAGCUCGCGAAACAAUUCGUCGAUUCGCUAUUGGAGACGAAUUGCGAAGAGAGGCUGAGCGCGAAGCAGGCGAUGAAGCACGAGUGGCUGACCGGCGAACGCGUCGGAUCGACGCCGGCGAGACCGUCGAGGCCAACGUCGGAGUACAACAGCAUGCAGAGGACGAAAUCGACGCGAUCAAUACGAUCAGUGACGCGAUCCGAUCACGGCCAUCGUGUGGAUCCGCGUGAAGUCGACGAACUCGCCAACGAUCUCAAACGGGUCGCGCAAACCACUAAAAACUACGGCGUUUUUUGA